AUGUCACGAACAGUCGGACUGCUUGUGGUCGCUGGCCUCCUGCGCACCGCCGCAGCCGGUCUUUAUCCCGGAUUGACCACCGCGAACCACACCUGUGCUCUUGUUGAACCCAUUCUGUCUUGCUCUUGCGGAGCAAACCCCGACAAGGUUGACACUUGCUGCGUGGAGACGUACGGUGGCCUGGUGCUCGCAACCCAGUUCUGGAACACCCACACCGGUCUCGAGUCCGAGGGCCAAAAGUUGCCCGCGAAUGCGUGGGGCAUCCACGGCCUGUGGCCCGACUUCUGCAACGGCUCGUACACCCAGUACUGCGACCUCAGCCGCCAGUACGACCCGGCUCCCUCCCCCAACACCACAAAUGCAAAGCCAGACGGCACUCCGGUCCCGGCUUGGACCGGCGCCGCUCUGGACGAGUUCGUAAAGCCCUUUGAGAGGUUUGAUCUUCUCGAGUACAUGAAGAAGUUUUGGAUUGCCCAGUACACCCCCAACUGGGUCCUCUGGGCCCACGAGUUCUCCAAGCACGCCACCUGCUUCAGCACCUUUGACGUCGAGUGCUACGGUCCAAAGUACCAGGAACACGAGGAGGUCGUCGACUUCCUCGAGACCGCCGUUCACUACUACCAAGAGACCCCGACCUGGAAGUGGCUCGCCGCAAAGGACAUCAAGCCCUCUAAUGCGACCGCCUACUCGCUCUCCGACCUCCAGGCCGCCCUCAAGAAGGGCCACGGCGCCGUCCCCUAUCUUGGAUGCUCUGGUCCCCGGUACAACGCUACCGAAGCCGGCAAGGGCUCUCUCGAUAACGGGUACACCCAGCUCACCGAGGCUUGGUACUACUUCCACGUUCACGGUAAGCCCCAGCGCGGCGAUGCCGUGCCCGUAGCCGCCGACAUCAACGGUGGCCGUGUGACCAACUGUGCGACAACAGCGGGCGCCAUUUGGUACUACGAGCGCUCUGAGGGAUCGGUCCAGUGA